CCUGACGGAACCGGUGGAUGGUGAACGGUUGGACAAGGAGACGGACGCGUACGUCGGGAGUGAUAUUGAACCCGCUUUGGCGAGACAGGUUGCGGAAGGUGACGCGUGCCCGAUCAGUCUGCUGCCCAUGGAUGAUAUCAAUCCAACGUUCGUGCCUCGCGCGCUGAAGACAAUCCCGUUGAACGUGCCAAAUGCAAGGAGGCUGGACGGCCAGCAGGGCACCGGAAACCACCAAAAUGCUGGGAAAGGAGCGGUUGGGAUUUUGAGUUUCUUCAAACCUCGAUCAGGGGCCAGCAGUGGUCAACAGGCCGCCACCUCGCACGGUCCGGGUCAUCCCAUAAUGGCGGGGCGGGCGAGCGGAAAGCGGACAUUAGCGGAAGUGAUGGACCACGAUAUGGCUGUGAAACGGACGAAACGGGAGGAGACGAAGGAUGAAGUUCAUACAAGGCAAGUCAGGAGCUCGAAGUUCUUUGACGUCCACCUACCGUCACGCCCGGAGGCGGUCGAAGACGUGAUAGAUGGCGAGGACCUCGAACGUCCUGUUGCAGGCCCUUCUCGCGUCACGUUAGAUGCGGACGAGGACAAGGAGAACGACCCGUUCGUGGAUGAUUACGAAGUCUUCACGGAAGACGCGGACGCAGUAGACCAGGAAGACGGCUACAUCUCGCCUUCGCCUUCCAUGAGACGAUGGGAUAGUCCUGAAAUCUCGUCACCGCUGAGAGCCCGGUCCGGUGGCCAGUUCAUGGGGGAAGAUGAUGAUGACUUCGGUGCGGACAUACUGUCCAGUCCCCCGGUUCCCAAACAGAGGACAAGACUUUCCGCCGGCGUCACUGCGGCGGGAGCGACGAGGGCGGUCCCUCAUGUGGGCGGGACCGUCUUGAUCCCGGAUACACCAUCGAAAUCAAAAACCCGGAAACAGCGCCGUCGUCAAGAAGAGGGCAGUGGACCCGACCUCCAGCACAUUCUCGGAGAGUGUGACUGGAAUUGGGACGACAAGACUGAUAUUGAGUGCUCUGGCGCGUUGGAUGCCUCACCCAGCAGCACAAGUGCCUCGCCGGGACCCGUGACACCGAGUGAUAUUGCAUCGCAAGGGCGGGCAGACGCGUGCGCGCAGGCACUCAUGGAGGCGGAAGACACGGAUGAGGCGACGGCUUCACAGGAGGCAUCUGCUCGCCAUGCCAAAGUCGCGCGCGGGUGGUGGGAACGAUGGGGUCGCGGUGCGAGCGAGCUCGCCGUUGCACAAUCUCGACCGUCGUUGAAACGAAGGGAGACGACCAUCACGCCCGAGGGCCGCCAGCGACCGUUGCAACAACGUCGACCGCACUCUGCCUUGGACAUUUCUAAGCAGAAAGGCAAACAGCAGGAUCUACGUUCAGCAGGUAGAAGGCGAAGCUUGGUGUUUACUGAAGAAGUGAAGAAAGCUCCUAGAGCGGGGCUUCUUCGUGGUACGUCUUCACGGCCCGACACAGCGAGCACGGAGCAGGGAGAGGAUAGUACCGGUGCGAGCCGGAAUAGAUUCGCCGAGUUCAGGUGGGCGGGUGUUGACGAUUCCGUCAGUCCAUGCAGGAUCUGAUAUUAGUGAGUAUCGUCGGUUUGAAAGGCUAUCGUCGGAAGGAUCGUGCACGUUACGUGGUCUGAUUGGUUCAUUCUCCCU